UAGUAACGCCCUCUUUCCUUCUCAAUACGAUGUAUUUUUAGAAAGUUAACGGCUUUCUUUCUCGCGGUACAAAUCGGUGUAAACAGAAGUUAAUUUUGUAUUUGACGUAUGUGUUUGUAUAUGUCUGUAUGUGCAAUAUCAAUAAUGAUUAAAAUUGUCUACUUAAUUGUUCUUGUGAUGCGAUAUCGGUCAAGUGAAAAUUUUUCGAAGGUAAAGUGAUUGCAAUAAAAUUAAAACGAAAUUUAAUCGAUGCAAAAUGCAAGCGGAAGUAAAUGGAAUAUUGAAAAAAUCGCUGCAAAAAGCCAGAGAAUAUGACAGGAUUGGAGAUGUUGGGAAAGCCUUUGCAUAUUAUGUUAUCUUUGCGGAGCUGUCUACAAGGAGAUCUGAAAUUGAAGAAACGUUUACAGAUGUACUUUGUGAAUGGGGUAUGCAGUUAGCAAAAGACAACAAAUUUUCAGACAUUGUAAACUGUUAUAAAUUUUCCUUGAACAUUUAUCCAAAUAAUCCUCGUAUGUUAAAUAACUUUGCGGCACACUUGUUAAGGAAUAACGAUCCAAUAAGGGCGAUAGAAUAUUUAAAAAGAGCUUUGAAAGUUGAUGUUAACUUUCUACCAGCAGAGCGGAACUUGCAAAAUGCAUAUAGCAUGGCGGUGGAUAGGUGGCAUUUUACAAUGCUUAAUGACAGACAAAGAAACAGUGCUUUUGAGCAAGCUAUAUAUAAAAGAAUUAGUCAGGGUUAUGAUACAGUGUUGGACGUAGGGACUGGGACUGGUCUUUUGAGUUUAUAUGCAAAAGACGCAGGAGCCACAAAGGUAUAUGCAUGUGAAUGUUCUGAAACGAUGACGCUGAUUGCGAAGGAAGUAUUUGAAUCUAACCAUGCAACUGACAUAAAAUUAAUUCCCAAACUAUCAUUUGAUCUUAACGUACCUACGGAUAUUCCAGAAAGAGUAAAAUUAAUAGUGACUGAAACAUUUGAUGCUGGCUUAUUUGGAGAGCUUGUAAUACCGUCUAUGAUUAACGUACACAUGAAUAUUUUAGAUUCAAAUGGUAUGAUAAUACCUAUGGGUGCGACGGUUUACACAGCAGCCAUUGAAUGCGAAUACAUUAGAUACAGAUCGUCGGUGAUUUUUGAAAAAAUAAAAGAUCAUUGUUCUUUAAACUUUGACAACGUGUCUGCACUAUCAGACGAUGAAUAUUACGAUACAGAGAACCUGGAGAAAGUUCAAAUUAAUUACAUCACAGAGCCACAAGUGCUCUUCAAAGUAAACUUUAACAAUUUGCUAGAACUAUAUGAAUUCUGCAAAGAUGGAAUAAAGCAGACGUUGCGAGCAAAGUGUAAAUGCAAUGGUAUUAUAGAUGGCUUAGUUACUUGGUUCAAGUUACAUCUUGAUGAGGAGAUCACGCUGGAUUCUUCGGACGGAAAAUCUUGUUGGCAAUUUGCUAUUUUCCCGACGCUACCAACGGAAUGUCAUGAAGGUGAUGUUUUGACGAUAAAAGCGGAAACCUUGAAAGGCAAACUGAAAUGUUCUUAUGAUACGGAUAAUGUACGACAUAGCGAGAAUCUUACUUUAUAUCAUUUGCCAAAAGAAGUUAUUGCCUUUCUAAAUGACUUCGAUUACAUCAAAUUGCUCACAGAAAUUGGUAGAUCUCAAGAGAAUAGACAAAUGAAAUAUAUUUUGGAUACUGCGCCUUUUCCAAUCUACGGAUUGACUCUUUUAAAAGAAUGUAAAGAUAGUGAAAUUUUAUAUUACAAAACUGACAAUCCAACGCUACGUGUUCUGAUUGAACAAAUAGUCCGUGAUAGUGGGCUGCAAGGAAAAGUACAUAUGAUAUCAAAUUAUGAGGAAAUUCCGUGUUCUCUAGAUUCUAUAUUUAUUCAUAAUUUUGAUAUUAAAGGUGAAUUGAAAGAUGAUCAAGAUAGCUGUUAUGAAAUUUCCAGGACCUUGCUUAAAACAAACGGCGUGUUACUGCCGCAAAAGAUUUUUCUUAUGGGACAAUUGAUAUAUUCCGAAGACUUACCAAAUAUGGUUUAUGUGCAAGAUGCAAAUCUUCAGAAAUUAUCUUGUUUAUCUAAUUUUUCUACUCUUAAUACGAAUUCGGAUAGCGAACGUGAUCUACAUAUGUGGGAUAAUAUAUCCGAUAAAAUAAAUAAAAGUACAAAUUACGUAAUUGCUAAACAUAUUAAUAAAUAUAAGAUCAACCAAAUAUUUGAUUUGAAUUCGAGUUUAUAUUCAUAUGAGAUUAUGUCUGAGGCGCGAAUAUUGAUAGAAAUAAAUGAAACACAGACUACUGAAACAAUCGUAAAUUUUGGAGAAAUAAAUAAUGAAGAAAGAAAAACUUUACCGAAUGCCUUAAUAUGUUGGUACAAGAUUCAGCUUGGUCCACAUCAUGUACAUGAUACAAAGAAGAAUAAUUCUUUUAUGAAUCAUACUGCAAUCGUUUUCGAAGACGAACUGCGAGAUGUUAUUUUGAGAGAUAAAGAAGUAAAAGUUAAAAUUCAUCAAAUGAAAGGUUUAGUAAAAAUUACAGUACUAAAUUUAUAAAAAUUUAUAAGCGAAAACUUUUAUAAUUUUGUACAAUUUCUUAUAGAAAAU